UCCACAUUAUGAUGAUCAUGGCGUACCCCCGGUUCCCGCCAUCCCGGCCUUUCAUGGCGGUACGGAUAACGAUAAGGCCAGUCCCGAGUCCCCGUCUUUGGCGUCUGCGGUGUCAUCAAGGCAGGAUCGAAGGCGAAGAAGAUUCCCGACCGAUUGAGCAUCAACCCCGAAGCCACCCGGCAGUCGCAGGGCUGGUGGACGUACCUCAUGUCCCCUCUCUUUCCCAAGACCCCAGUCACGGUGGACGGGCCUCGUGUGCCUAGUAUCGCAACCCACUCGUCCGGGUUGACAGACGAGUGGUUGGAGAAGGAGGUUUCCUAUUUCUCACCUGACACGCCGGAUGCUGUUAACAACCCGUUAGAGAAUAAUCAUCCGAUCCUAGAGGAGCCAAAACCGGACGAAGUUCAGCAGAGUAUGGGAUUCUUCAUGUUUCCGGGGGGGCCAAUUCAGGGUUCUGCUGCGGAGUAUUAUCAAGCAUGUGCUCAUGAGUUGUUCAGCGGGCGGCCUUACUUCGAGUGUGUCAAUCAUGUUUGUUCGAUCACACCGAAAAAUAAGGUUGCGGCAAUGAUGGUCAAUUCACCUUCAGCGGUGCCUCGAGAAAAGGAUCUUCUUAUUGACGUCGAUGACGUGGCUGGAAUUGAUAGCGAACAUGUACCCGACUCUGCAGACGCAGGGUCAGGUACUCGUUCCCUUGAUGGGGUAUCCACUGUGACUAAAAGCAAAGGGAACCCUUUCCGCGAUUCUGACGAGCACAGCACUCUGAGUGGGCCUACGUUAACUGGAUAUCCUCAAAGCGAACACGUCCCUAGCGAGCACCCUCCAAGCAAGGAUAUACCAGACAAAUGUUCAUCGAGUGAGCGCUCUUGGAGUGUCGAUUCCUCUAAGCAGCAACCUCCACCUCAAAUCGCAAAGGAAGUCGCCGAAGAAGUUCAACCUGUGUCGGAGUCUUCAGAGGACGGAACAAGGGCAGCACCGGAGGAUGUCGCUGAGGGUUCUAACGAGAAGCAAGAGUCUUGCCCUAUCCACCAACCGAUUAUCCAGCCAAUUAUUCAACCAAUCAGUCAGCCAGCUCCUGUAGUUAUUACACAGCCAGCUCCUCAGCCAGCUCCCCAACCGGUUCUUCAACCAGUUCCCCAGCCAGUGAGCGCCGCGCCGCCGACAGUCAACAAUUUCUACAAUCAUCCCGCCGUGGUACCAUCUUCCGUCCUUAUAGCUCCACCGGAACGGAGCUACUCGCAGUACAUUGUACACCCUGCCCCGAGUCCUGCUACACAGUCGCAGCCCCCGGAGCCUGUAUCGCCCGCUUUUCAGCGUUUAACCGAAAGAGGAUCCGUUCCGUUAAGUGAAGUGCAGAACACACCAGCACCUGCCUAUACUUCUUACCACUACAACUCGGGAACCCUGCCCCCGCGCAUAGAUCCACGUCUAGUCACACAGGAGGAGGUGAUAGAUUCAUCUACAGAAAGACAGAAAAUCGAGACGAAAAGACGAAGACUAGAGAAGGAGGAUGCUAUUGGCCGGAAAUUAGGUGGAUGCUGGCGUGGCAGGGGGCCAGUCAGUAAAAAGGGCUGCUUUGGCAGAUCAGGACGUGAGGGGAGAGUGAAGCGUCGGUGGUAUCUAGCGAUCUGCACUUCGUUCCUCCUAAUCGUCGUGCUUGCCCUCAUACUCGCCUUGACACUGACCAGAAAGGGAACCGCCACACCGGUGCAAUCCCAAUGGUUGAACUUGACCGGCUAUCCCCCUAUGCCAACUGGUAUUGCGACAAUCGCAGGGCCCAACCUUCAGAAGCGAGUUUCCGGCUGCAUUGCCCCAUUGUCUCUUUGGAGUUGUGCCCUUCCGAAGGAGCAACAAUCCGACAACAAGCCGUACACGGCCGAUGAGCCCAACUUUCGCGUCGAAAUCGAAUUUCGCAACGGAACCUAUCCAAAUAGUACGACGAUUGCCUCGAGAUCUUUGAUAAGUGGUCGUUCGUCCGGUACGGAUCCCUCUCCAUCGCCGCCAAGCAUAAAGGACCAGACAUUUCUGGGAAAUACCACGGACAACAAUAGCGCCCCAUACGCUGGUGAAGAGACGCCAUUCUUCAUGACCUUUCUCUCAGUUGCCUCGGCAUCCUCAAUUUCGUCCACCCGGCGACGACUGACCCGCAAAAGAGACGACACCUUCCCCGACCUCGACUCCCUCAUUCCCUCACCCGAUCUGAAUUCCGACGGCACCGCCGCGGCCGCCGAGCUCUACCCGCUGUCGGAGUCCCAACCCGUCCGCCUCUACAACCGCGGCCAAGCCACGGAACACUAUGGCUUCUACACGUACUUCGACCGCUCCAUAUUCCUGUCCUCCCUCGCUCCUCUGAACGGCAGCAACACGGACGACGAUCCGGACGACAGUAGCGGCGGCUCGACCGAAGAGCAAGCCCGCGUGCGCUGCACCUGGGCCCAGACGCGCUUCCUUGUUCAGAUCUGGACCCGGUCACAGGACACUCUGCUGCAACCGCCAUCAGCGUCCGCAUCCGCCUCCGCCACCCCAACCUCGUCUGCCUCGAGUGCGUCCUCCACGGCCACCUCUACGUCCUCCGCAACGGACUUUACCCGGCCCGGAUCCUUCCCGUACCCGGUCACCAUCACUUUGGACCGCCACGGUGGCGAGGCCAAGAAGAAGAUGGUGUACUGCUACGCGAUGGAAGCGAACGAGAAGGUGAAUUCCACGCUAGUGAAACUUCAGGUGGAGGACCGGGGGUACGGCGGUCAGCUGGUGAAUCCGGCGCCGGGGAUAUUCGACUUUGCGAGUAACUCGUCGUCGUCGACGUCCAACGAGACGAGUUCGGAGUACGGUGGGGUCGAUGGGGGGACGGGUGGAUGUUUGUGUCAAUGGGUGAAUUGGAUCUCAACCUCAUGACCUGAGUGGAUCAGAAGAAAAAGCCCACUCCCUCUAUUACUGCCCUUAAUACAUGACAUUUUUUUCAUCACAUCUUAAAUAUCCAUACUCGAAACUUGACAGGAAUCGAAACCUACAUCUGCUCGAACUUCACCACGACGAGUGUAACAUGAACUUCUUCUAGUAAACCCCACCCCU